GAAGGCGAGGGGCGCCCUUUUCUUCCCGGAGCCGCCCGGCGGGUGGAGCCUGGCGGCCCCGCCCGAGCCGGCCGCCUCCCGACGCGUGCAAACUAGUGGCAGUUGGUGCGGCUCGGCUGCCGCCCCGCCACCCGCCUGCUCCCGGCGCCUCAGAGCGGCACGCAUGCCAAGGCCCGGCGGCGCCAGGUUGUCUUCUGGAUUUUGGGUCUGAAGGUACCCUCUUGCUUUCCCAGCAAAUCAUGGACAUCGUUGGCUUUCUGAAGUCUCAAUUCAUUUGCCACCUUCUGAUCUGCUACAUAUUUAUAGUGUCAGGACUGAUCAUUAACUUCAUUCAACUCUUUACACUUAUACUUUGGCCAAUCAACAAGCAACUGUUCAGGAGGAUCAACUGCAGGCUGGCUUACUGCAUUUCAAGCCAGAUGGUGAUGUUGCUGGAAUGGUGGUCAGGCACCCAUUGCACCCUCUACACUGACCCAGAGAAUUACCACAAGUAUGGGAAGGAGAAUGCCAUCGUAAUCCUUAACCACAACUUUGAAAUCGACUUUCUCUGUGGUUGGAACUUUUGUGAAAGAUUUGGGGUCUUGGGGAGUGCCAAAGUGCUUGCAAAGAAGGAGCUCUCCUACAUGCCUAUCAUUGGCUGGAUGUGGUAUUUUCUAGAGAUAGUCUUCUGCAAGCGUAAGUGGGACGAAGAUCGGAAAACAGUCAUGCAGAAGUUGCUGAAUCUCCGGGACUACCCCGAAAACUUUUGGUUCCUCAUUCACUGCGAGGGCACAAGGUUCACGGAACAGAAGCACCAGAUUAGCAUGCAGGUAGCUGAAGCCAAAGGCCUGCCCAAGCUCAAGUAUCACCUGCUGCCACGAACAAAAGGAUUUGCUGUCACUGUGCAGUGUUUGAGAAAUGUAGUUUCUGCAGUCUAUGAUUCUACCCUCAAUUUUAGAAAUAAUGAGAAUCCAACAUUGCUGGGAGUUCUAAAUGGAAAGAAAUAUCAUGCAGAUUUAUACGUAAGGCGGAUUCCGCUAGAGGAAGUCCCAGAAGAUGAGCAGGAAUGUUCUAACUGGCUCUACAAUCUGUAUCAAGAAAAGGAUGCAUUCCAGGAAGUGUACUACCGAACAGGAGCCUACCCAGGAGUCCCUAUAGUGCCACCCCGACGACCAUGGACACUUUUGAACUGGCUUUUCUGGGCAUUAUUGCUGCUAUAUCCUUUAUUCAAGCUGCUCAUCAACAUGAUCAACAGUGGAUCAUCACUGACACUGGCUAGCUUUGCAUUUGUCAUUGUAAUGGCUUCUGUUGGUGUCAGAUGGAUGAUUGGCGUCACAGAAAUUAACAAGGGCUCCACCUAUGGCAACAAUGACAACAAGCAGAAACGAAAGUAGCGUCUUCAGAGACUGCUUCAAUCCAAAGGGAACAAAUGCAACUUCUGAAAACUCUAAAGUGCAUAUCAUGGUCCUUCAAGCGAGAUCAGAGGAAGGGAAGGGUAGGAUGAGCAAUCGCCAUGCAUAUCUGAUUUUGUGCUCCUGUUAUUUUUUCUCUGGGGGUUUGAGCUGGAUGACACACUUGAAAGAUGCACUCCUUCCUAUACUCUCCACAGCAGGUUUGCAUUUGUUUGGUUGGUUUUCCUAUAAAAUGUCUUAAGCUUUGAAGAAAAAAAAAAAUCCAGUGUUCUUGUAUGAUGAGACUCUACCUGGAAACUAAUCAGAGGUACAGGCUUUAUCUUAACUUGCUCUAAGGAAUGGGUGAAUGUCAAAAGAUUGUUACAAGAUGAUUAAAAUUGAUAGUUGUCUAGAUUACACGUUAACAGUUUAACAACCAUAAUCUGUCAGUGUUUAAAUGCAGUAAAGAUGCACUGCUUGGUUAUACCAGUAUUGGACUGAAGCACCUCUCCUGAACUGGCAGAGUUGUAGUAGAGUUUUAUUACAUCUAGAACUGAAUCCCACAGUGUGCACCACGUGGGCCCUUUGAAACUCCAGCCAGACCCCGCCUAAGGGCCGGCUUUGUUAGGUCGGAGCCUUGCAGUGGCAUAACUGGGAGUGGAAUUUGGCCUUGUGGCCUGAGCAGAGCUGUGUUACCCACUGCCACUUCUCUCCCGAGGCAAUACAUCAGAGGGAUAGCUGAAACCUGUAAUUUUUUUGAGAGUAAAUGCCAUUUAUAGUUUGAAAAAACUGAGGUAGUAAGUUCCUUUCAGCUUUAAACACUGAUUUUAAUUCUAGGCCUUCCUAACAAUGGUGGAAACAAAACUGGGUAUGCUGUAACUAAGUAAUGCAAAGCGUGCGUUAAAAGGUAAGCCCCCUACUGUUGUGAUCCCAAUUAGUCUGCUUGUCUGUCUUUUCAGAUAAAUUAGUUUACAUGGUGCCUCUUAACAGUCAGCCUGAGGUAAUACUUAAAUUAUCUUUUACUUUUAUUCUGGGGAGAAGAGGGGAAGUAGCAGAGAGACCUGGGGCAGUCAUGUGGCUUGGAGUUUUUUACGGCUGUCUGGACUUGCUUUUACACCCUUCUGAAUCAGAUAAAACCGGAGUCAAGCUCCUUGGGAAGAGCGUUCCUCUGCCGUUGCUGGUACGGGUUCCAGGGAAACGCCUAUUGUUUUUAAAACUUAAAGAGUUAAGAAUAUGCAAGUUACUAAAAAGAGUUGUUUAAAAAAAAAGGAAAAGGGAUUUCCAGCUUGCAGCAGUUACGAUUGAAAAAACCCCAAGCUUUAAAAGUCUAAACAUACUAAUACUGAGCAGUGAGGUUUAUGAUUGGCACUUCCAGUUAUGGUACAUUUUCACGGCACACAGGACUUAACUGUGAUAGUCUAGCAAUGAACAGCAAUUUUAGUUGUAUUAAUAACAGCUGGUAUAAAAAACAUUUCUCUUUUCCUAUAAUAAAGCUGAAGCCAGAAGAAACAGGGACUAAUACAACAGAAUAUGAAUCAGUCCAUGAAAUAUGCAUUUGCUGUUCAGUACAUCAUCAGAUCAUCUAGAAACAAGUCGCUUUAAAAUUCAACACCUAAAGAGCAGUUGUAGUAGUACUUCUAGCACGGGGUAAUAAGUAAACUUUUUUAAGUGGCAGCAGUAAAACAUACAACAUGAAGGAAGGAAUAGGCCUUGUGAAGUAUGAGUGUUUUUGGGGUUUUGGGUUUUUUUUUCCACACCUGUUUUAUGUACACAUGUAUUCUCUAUGCUCUCUAGCUUUCUGGAAUAGUUUAUAUGAUGUCAAGAACAUAAACAUGAGCUGUAGUGUAGUUUUUCAACACAUGAAACAGCCUGAGAUCAGAGAAUACUGCCACCCUUACAAAGUUAUUCUCUUAAUAAAGCACAUGCCAGCACCUCGACUUAAUAAAACAAUCUUAACAGUGGAAAACUGAGUAGUAAACUUGCAGUAGUGUCUGAAGGUCCAGCUGUCCCACAGUACUGCAUCAGGCGUGUCAGUGAGCUAGACCUGAAGACACUGUACACGAGGACUUGGAAAAUGAGUAGGGGGUGGGAGAGAAAGGCCAAGCUGGCAUUGCACUGUAAUCCUAACCUGGCAGAUACAGUGGGCUUUUCUCAGGGUGGUAAAAACCUAAACGCACAGAUGAGGGGUUCUGAGAAGCAAAUACAUAUUCAUGUAGUGAUAGAAAUGAGCUUUUUUUGCCUUUUUAAAGAGCCACUGAUCUAAUAUGCUGGUAGGGGCACAUUCAACAUUCCUUAUGAAUCUUAGUCCUUUCUAACUGCAUGCAGUGCCAGUUCUUCUAGAGGAAAAUACCAAACGUACGUAUUUCUGAAAGAGUGUUUAGACUAUUUCAUACUCAUUUCCCUGAGACCAACCUUUAGACCAGGCUGAGGGCCAAACACACCACUCCUGGAUCCAUCCUCCUGGGCACUUCCAGACAUCCCGGCACACAAGGACUGCACUGCUGGGCCCUUCCCACCUUCACUGGCAAAUGGAGAAAGUGUAAUGGUACUUGCUAAAGUUAAACCAGUCCAGUUCACUGUAUUAAAAGAAUGACAUAUGUAAUUAGGAAGCAGUGUUUGCCCCUCAUCCCCACAAGCAACUACUGUAUGUUCUACAACUGCCUUAACAAAAGUAGUCUUAAUGUUUGUUUAUAUAAAAAUAAAAGUAUAAAAAGCUAA